CCCAAUCUGGCCCAUUCCCCACGCAUGCAGCAGCCUUGCGGCGGUGUUCGCUCGGAUCCCGGCGAGAUCUCAAACGCUAGAUAAGGGCGUUGGCGGCUACCGCGGGCCGCGACCCAAGUCCGGACAACGACCGACGUCAUUGAAGAGUUUUCCCGCGACAUCGUCGAGCUCGGUUGCGGCGCUUUCGCUACAAUGGUGUUUUCGCGUAUCCAAGCGGAUUGUAAACUCACCGGAAGCGGCAACGGCGGUACCGGCCAAUUCCCCACUUCACCUCGGCGUUGCAUUGAACACCCCGUCCGAAAACCUGGCCUUUCUCGAGACUCCACCGACGAGGCCACGCAAGCAAGAUUCGCAGCCAAAAUCCACAUCACCUCACAAACCGAGGCUCACGACCCAUGGCCUCCCGGAUAUUGCAUUUCGGAUGUCGCCUCUCAUCUGACGCUCCUGGCCUCAUUGAAGAGCCUGCUCUACAUAGCACAUCGAAUCUAUACAAGCGCACCGUGUUCACAUUUGUCUUCCCAAAAUCCCCCCCAGCCCAAAACGCCCCGUAGCAUGGGCGGAGAAUCCUUUCCGCCCCUGGUCCCGGAUGCCUCGUACCCAGAAACAGCAUGCCACACAGAUAAAAGACAACAGAAUCGAAGUUUGGCAAAUGAAGAAAAAGAAAUAAAAGGGAGGUGUUAAAAACCGCAGACGUCCUGCUUCCCUGCUGAGGGUUGGAUUAAGAUGGUGUCCCGACCUCUUGGCGAAUGUACCCAAACUUGAGAAGGAAAAUAAGGUUAAAAAGUAAUAAACGGUCUAGGUAGGUCGGGGUCGAGCUCGCUGGUCUGCGACGGAAGCAAUCGGCGGGUGAAUGAAUUG